AUGACUGAAUCACCUACCCGUGUGCUUUUCCUGGCCAACAGUGAACAUGGUCAAACGAACAUCAUCCUGGCCAUCACACACGAGCUCCUCGUCCAGGGCAACGUUGAAGUCCAUAUUGGAUCGUUUCCCGUCCUCGAGAAACGCGUGGAGAAACUUCUGGCAGACAACGCAGAUGCUUAUGACGACUCCUUCCGGUCGCGUAUUCACUUCCACCCUGUAAGGGGGCCGUCCAACACCGAUGUCUUUAUCCGCACGGGGAAGCGGGGUGCUUUUCAUCCCCCGGGAUACCAUGGGGCCGUGCUCGGCUUUCAAUCCCUGUGCGAAGACAUCUGGGGGUGGACGGAGGAUGAGUAUGUUGACAUUUACGAGAGCUGUGUCGAGAUCAUCAACACGGUCAAGCCGUCGACGAUCGCAAUUGAUUUCUUCUUCUUGCAGGGCAGAGAUGCUGCUUAUAACACGGGCCACACGGCCAUUCUCAUCAACACCACUUCCCUUAGUCACAUUGUGCUGGGCAUGCAGCCCAACUCGGCAGCCCUAUGGAAAUACCCACUUCCGGGAACUGGUUUCCCGUAUCCUAUCCCCUGGCAUCUCAUCCCGCUCAACAUCAUGGCCGUCCUCAAAACCGCCAAGAUGUAUCAUGGUAGCGGCCGACGUCGGGAGAUCCGUGAAUGGCGCAUCAAGCACAAAAUUCACGGUCGCUUUCCAUUCGCCGAUGCUUGGCGUCCCGACCGGUAUCACAUCUCCCCCGGUUUGAAGGAGCUGGACUGGCCGUUCAGCAAGGUGCCGGAGAAUAUCCUCCCGGCUGGUCCCAUCCUGCUGCCCACGGCUUCGGUCGAGAAGCAGGAUCCGGAGAUGGCACGCUGGCUCAGCCAGGCUCCUACUAUCCUGGUGAAUCUGGGCACGUUGUAUGCCCCUGAUCCGAAGGUGGCCGAGGAAAUUGCCACCGGGUUGAAAGGGUUCCUCAACUCAUGGAAGGGCGGCAAGGUGCAGAUUCUGUGGAAGCUGCCGAAGCACCCGCACGAUGUGGAUGACAUCUACAGUCGGUCUAUUGAGCCUCUCAAGAAGGAGACUGAAGAGGGCAGCGUGUUGAUUCGUCCCUGGUUCGAGGUCGAGCCCAUGGCGAUGUUGCAGACGGGGAAUAUCGUCUGCUCGGUGCACCAUGGCGGUGCCAACUCGUGGUACGAGGCUAUUCAAAACGGUGUUCCCCAUGUGGUUCUCCCCGCCUGGCAAGACUGCUACGAGAACGCCGCUCGGGCGGAGUGGCUCGGCAUCGGCGUGUAUGGCAACAAGAGCCGUGCCCCAAACAUCAGCUCCAAGGAGCUGAGCAAGGCUUUGUUAAAGGUGAUGAACAACCGCUCCUACAAGGAGAAAGCCACCGAGAUUGCCAAGCUGUGUCGGAAGGAGGGCCGCGUGGCAGCAGCAGAGAAGAUCGCUGAGCUGGCGCGCAACCCGGAGAAGGCGACCGCCAUUGAUAUUCCCGAGGCCAACCCUAAAGACCAGCCGCCGCUAUACGAGAUCAAGAACCACGCCGGCAUGAUCCUCCAAACGGCCCAAGAGCCGAAGACCGAAGGCAAAGGCGCAUCCAAACCCUUCCUAACCGACAUCGCCGAAUCCAUCCUCAUGACCCUCAUCUGCACGACCUGGUUCCACCUCCCCCUACUCGGCUACUCCCUCCUCCUGGUCCCCCGUCUCCGCCUCUUCGUCCUGCUCUACAUCCUCUACAUCAAAUUCUUCGCCAAGGCCCACAAAUCCGGCACCUUACCCUACCGCAACGACACCUUCCGCACCUCCUUCAUCUGGAAGAUCUUCGCCGCCUACUUCCCCCUCACCCUCUACCGUUCCGCCCCCUUAUCCCCCCGCAAGAAAUACAUCUUCGGCUACCACCCCCACGGCAUCGCCCUCCGCGGCGCCAUGGGCGCCUUCGCCGCCGACCCCGUCGGCUUCUCCGCCCUCUUCCCGGGCAUCACUAACACCCUCCUCAUCAAAGACGACUGCUUCUAUCAACCCCUCCAACGCGAGUACCUCCUCGCCACGGGCGCCAGCGGCGUGUCCCGCACCUCGUGCAUCAAACAUCUCACCCGCGGUGGCCACGACGAGCGCGGCAUGGGUCGCUCCAUCGCCAUCACUGUCGGCGGGAGCCGGGAAUACAACAUCGCGAAGCCGGGGACCAUGGGCGUGGUGAUCAAGAUCCGCAAGGGUUUCGUACGGGUGGCCGUCGAGACCGGCGCGGAUUUAGUCCCUGUGAUCGCAUUCGGGGAGAACGAGUUGUUUGAUCUGAUUGAUACGAGAUCGUCGUCGGUGUUGGGGGUCGUGGCGAGGGUGUGGGAGUUUGUGGUCGGUCAUCGGGUGGCGUUUUCGAAGGGUCGGUUUGGGGUGUUUUGUCCGCAUCGGAGGCCGUUGAAUGUUGUUGUGGGGAAGCCGAUUGAGGUGGUGCAGCAGCGGUGGGAGCCGGAUGAGAAGUAUAUUGACCAGUUGCAUGGGGAGUAUGUGCGCCAACUGGAGGGGUUGUGGGAUGAUUGGAAGGAGACGUUUGGGGUGGAGAGGGAUGUGAAGUUUGAGAUUGUGGAGUAGCCUUCUUCUUCUUCUUCUUUUUCUUCUUCUUCUUCUUCUUUGGUUUUUGUUGUGAGCUACGGCUCAG